AUGGCAUCUCCAGGCCAAAACCAACCCGGAGGGCCAUCAACAGCUCAACCGCUCACCCCACCAGCUGAACCAUCUUCAAACACCACCAACAACAAUGCCGCCAACACUGCAUCGCAACCUCCUGCGGGCACCUCCAACCCGAACAACACCACAACGGCAGCGAACGCAAUCUCGCAACCCACUCAGAUCCCAUCGACAUCGUUAACGGACAGUGGUAAAUCGCGUCGACCACGAGAUGUCCGCCUCAUUCACAUGCUCCUAGCCUCACUUGGCGUGACGGCGUACCAAGAACGGGUUCCUCUGCAGCUCCUCGACUUCGCGUAUCGGUACACAUCGAGUGUUCUUCAAGAUUCCGUACAUCUCGCUACAGAAGGGUACGCGGGCGCAGCGGGCGAAGCGAGCGGCACAUCGGGCAGUCGUGGAGGUGCGUCGGAGACAAAUAAUGUAUCGCUACCGGCGUUGCGGCUCAGUAUUGCAUCUCGGCUGCAUUAUCAGUUCCAGACGGGUCUGCCUAAGGAGUUUUUGAUGGAUGUUGCCACGGAGAGAAACCGGGUUGCCUUGCCAGGGGCUUCGAGAGGGUUUGAUAACGGGGCCAACGCCAGUCGGGCACAGGCCCACCAGAGUGCCAUGAUGGGUGGGAUGAGGUUGCCGCCGGAGCGGUUCUGCUUGACUGGUGUCGGCUGGAAUAUGAAAGAUGAAUGGGAUAGCGAUGGAGAGGAGGAAAUCGAGGAACCCACCCACGAGGACAAGACUGGGAUAACAUCUGGGGCGGGAGCUGAGGAAGGAGACGGAGGUGACGAUGAUGAUGGCGAUGGGAAGAUGGAGGAUAUAUUCGGGGAUGACACCGCUAUGGGUGAAGGAGAUGGCGAUGGCGAUGGGGAUAAGGACAUGACUGAUGUUUGA